UCGCUCAUCACUCGCUCCGAUGCGCUUCCCAACUACACUACUCCGUUAUGAAUUUCAGUAAGUGGUUGCCGUGGAGAAAGCGCAGUCCCUCCAAACAGAAGGGGAAGCAGGCGGUUGUCGUUGCCGCGUUGGAUGAACACGAUGCUGUACAGAAGAAAACUUUCACAAAAUGGAUCAACGCACACUUCAGCAAGGCGGGGAAGCCUCCCAUCAAGGACAUGUUUUCCGACCUCCGAGAUGGCCGGAAGCUUCUGGAUCUCCUGGAAGGGCUCACCGGGAGUGUCUUGCCCAAAGAACGGGGGUCGACUCGCGUGCACUCCCUCAACAACGUGAACCGCGUCCUCCAAGUUCUGCAUCAGAACAACGUGGACCUGGUGAACAUCGGUGGGACGGACAUCGUGGAUGGGAACCACAAGCUGACACUCGGCCUCAUCUGGAGCAUCAUCCUCCACUGGCAGGUCAAAGACAUCAUGAAGGACAUCAUGUCCAACCUGCAGCAGACCAACAGCGAGAAGAUCCUGCUCAGCUGGGUGCGGCAGUCCACGCGGUCGUGCGACCAGGUCAACGUGCUUAACUUCACCAGCAGCUGGGCCGACGGUCUGGCCUUCAACGCCGUCCUGCACCACUUCAGGCCCAAUGCGGUGAGCUGGGAGAAGGUGCAGACGCUGCCCCCGGUGGAGAGGAUGGAGUACGCCUUCACCGUGGCCAAAGACCAGCUGGGAAUCGAGAGACUGCUGGACCCUGAAGACGUGGCGGUGCAGCUGCCCGAUAAGAAGUCCAUCAUCAUGUACGUGACGUCGCUCUUCGCCGUCCUGCCGAAGGAGGUGACCAUGGAGGACAUCCGCGAGGUGGAGGCCCUGCCCAAACGCUUCAAGGCGGAGCCCGAGGCGGGCGCGGUCCUCAGUCAGGUCGUGACCCCUGAGGAGCACCGCAGCAGCCCCCGGGCGGAGACCCCCAGCACGGUGACGGAGGCGGAGGUGGACCUGGACGGCUACCAGGCGACGCUGGAGGAGGUGCUGACCUGGCUGCUUUGGGCCGAGGACACCCUGCAGAUGCAGAGCGACGUCUCCGACGACGUGGAGGAGGUGAAGGACCAGUUCCACACCCACGAGUGUGUCCGCCUGUGUCCGCCUGUGUCCGCCUGCGUCCGCCUGCGUCCGCCUGCGUCCGUCUGCGUCCGUCUGCGUCCGUCUGCGUCCGUCUGCGUCCGCCUGCGUCCGCCUGCGUCCGCCUGCGCCCUGUCCGUCACUCUCAGACCUCACCAAUCAACACGAGAGUCUGAGGGUCUGGUUGUGACCCCUGAGGAGCACCGCAGCAGCCCCCGGGCAGAGACCCCCAGCACGGUGACGGAGACGGAGGUGGACCUGGACGGCUACCAGGCGACGCUGGAGGAGGUGCUGACCUGGCUGCUGUGGGCCGAGGACACCCUGCAGAUGCAGAGCGACGUCUCCGACGACGUGGAGGAGGUGAAGGACCAGUUCCACACCCAUGAGGCCUUCAUGAUGGAGCUGACGGCCCACCAGAGCAGCGUGGGCAACGUGCUGCAGGCCGGCAACCAGCUGACCGCCCAGGGCAGCCUGUCGGAGGAGGAGGAGGAUGAGAUCCGGGAGCAGAUGGCGCUGCUCAACUCACGCUGGGAGAGCCUGCGCGUGGCCAGCAUGGACCGGCAGGCCAGGCUCCACGAGGUCCUCAUGGACCUGCAGCAGCAGCAGCUUCAGCAGCUCUCCGAUUGGCUGACGCAGACGGAGCAGCGAAUCAGGAAGAUGGAGACGGAGCCGGCGUCCGGGCACAUAGACGGCUACAGGGCCCAGAUCGAGCAGCACAAAGUGCUGCAGAAUGACUUGGAGACGGAGCAGGUGAAAGUGAACUCCCUCACCCACAUGGUGGUGGUUGUAGAUGAGAACAGUGGGGAGAGCGCCACCGCUGUCCUGGAGGACCAAUUGCAGAGUCUGGGUGAGCGCUGGGCGGCGGUGUGUCGCUGGACAGAGGAGCGCUGGAACAGGCUGCAGGACACCCUGCUGGUGUGGCAGCAACUGCUGGAGGACCAGUGUCUGUUCAGGACCUGGCUGACGGAGACGGACGCCGCCCUGGGCAAGGUCCAGACCGGCAACUUCAAGGACCCGAACGAGAUCAACGCCAACGUUCGCAGCCUAGCGGCCCUGAAGGAGGACAUGGAGCAGAAGCGGCGGGCGCUGGACCAGCUGACGGAGGCGGGGCAGGACGUGGAGCAGCUCCUCCAGAGCCGCGAUGCCUCGGCCCAGAUCAACCAGAACACCGAGGAGCUCACCCAGCACUGGGACCACCUGGUGCAGAGGCUGGAGGACUGCUCCAAUCAGGUGACGGAGUCGGUGACCAGCGCGGAGAUGCCGCGGGCGGACGCGCGGGUCGUCACGGAGACGGUCGCCACGGCGGCGGGGAGCGCGGAGAAAGCGUGCGGCGAGCAGGACCUCCCGCCCCCCCCGAAGAGGAGGCAGCUGCAGGGGGACCCGGGCGCCCGGAGAGUGCUGGAGGACGACUUCCCCGAAAUCCUGCAGUGGGUCGCCGAGUGGAAGACCGCCCUCAGCGCCCUGGACCUCCCGGACUUCCGGAGGACCCGGGACAUGUCCGGAGCGGAGGAGCGGCUCGAGACUCUGGAUGGGGAGCUCCUGGAGAAGGAGCCUCGGGUGACAGAGGUGACUCAAGGGGCCCGGAACCUUCUGGAGCAAAUGGAGAAAGAUGGUGUCCCCGGGGAGGAGGUGAGCCGUGCCCUGGAGGGCGUGGAGCAGCAGUGGCGGGGCUGCCGGCCGCUCCUGGAGGAGCUGAAGGAGCGGUUCCGGCAGCAGGAGCGGAUCAGCGCUCACUCGGCCCGGCUGCAGGCGCUGACCCGGGCCAUGGACGGCCCGCAGGAGUGGCUCCGGACCGAGGGCCGGGCUGGGUCCGAGGACGCCGACCUGGAGGCCCUGAACUCGGCCUGUGAGGCCAGACUAGCCGAGCUGGUGGCUCUGGGACCGCAGAUGAAGGAGCUGUCCACUGGGGCGGCAGCGUUGGCCAGCGAGCCUCUCACCCCGGCCUUCGUCCAGGAGGACUGCGGGGCCCUCUCCGAGCGCUACGCCGCCCUGCUGGAGGAACUGCAGAACCGCGACCUGGAGCUCAGCUCGGCCCUGGCCAGCGCCGCCUCGCAGGAAAUGCAGGUCGCCAUGGAAACGGCGCCCAGCGCGUUCGAGGAGGCGGAGGCGCGGAUCAGCGACCUGCGUACCGCCAUUGUCGACGUGAAGACCGCAGAGGACGCCGUGGGAGAGGUGGAGACCCUGUGUUCAGCGCUGUGUGUGGAGGUGGAGCAGCAGCGGGCGGCUGACCCUGAGGAGCAGAAGUGGAGUGAGCUCUCCUGCAGGGCGCAGGAUGAGCUGGGGGCUCUGCGCUGCCUGCUGGGCAGCCUCAAAGAGGCACAGGUGACGUCAGCGCAGGUGCAGAAAUGGCUGGACGGGGUGCAGGCGGUGUUGUCCCGGGACGUUUCCACACUGAGGGACGCUGGGAAACUGCAGGAGGAGCUCAAGCAGUGCACGGAGUUCGUGCACGAGAUGGAAACCGUGGAGACGGCGCUGAAGCAGACGGAGGAGAACGUGAGCGCGGUGCAGACAUGCGCAGUACCCGGGCUGGCCAGCUGGGGGCAGCCACAGCUCGAGGAGCAGCAGGGCCGCUGGGGGACUCUGAGCAAGCAGCUGGUGACCCACCGGGAGUGGGUGUCGGAGAUCCAGGAGAAGUCGGUGAAUCUGCGGAAGGACCUGGCGGAGAUGCGGGAGUGGAUGGCGCAGGUGGACGAGGAGUUCCUCAUGAGGGACUUUGAGUACAAGAGUCCGGAGGACCUGGAGGGAGCCUUGGAAGAGAUGAAGAGGGCCAAAGAGGACGUGCUACAGAAGGAGGUGCGAGUGAAGAUCCUGAAGGACAACAUCAACACGCUGGUGGCGAAGGCGCCGCCCAGCAGCGAGGACCUGACGGCGGACCUGGGCGGGGUCCUGAAGAACUACCAGCGGCUGUGCGACCGCUUCAAGAGCAAGUGCCACACGCUGGAGGAGGUGUGGUCGUGCUGGAUGGAGCUGCUCCAGUACCUGGAGAUGGAGAACACCUGGCUGGGCAGCCUGGAGGAACGUGUGCUGGCCUCCCAGAACCUCCCGGAGAGCAGCGAGGCCAUCGGCGAGGCCCUGGAGUCUCUGGAGUCGGUGCUGCGUCACCCUGGAGACAACCGCACGCAGAUCCGGGAGCUGGGCCAGACGCUGAUCGACGGGGGCAUCCUGGACGAGAUCAUCAGCGAGAAGCUGGAGGCCUUCAACAGCCGCUACGACCAGCUCAGCCACCAGGCGGUGAACAGGCAGAUCUCUCUGGAGCAGCAGCUGCCGCAGGUCAGAGAGAGUGAGCAGGCCCUACAGACCCUGCAGGGCUCCCUGACCCAGCUGGACCACACCCUCACCUCCUACCUCACCGACCGCCUGGACGCGCUGCAACUCCCCAACGAGGCCCAGCUCCCCAACGAGGCCCAGACCCUCCAAGCGGAGAUCGCGACCCACGAGGCCACCCUGGAGGACCUCCGGCGGCGCAACAUGGGCAACGUCCCGGCCGUGUGUCCGGAGGGCAAGGCCUCCCGCGGGGGGACCAUGCUGGACCAGCUCCAGAGGAAGCUCCGGGAGAUCUCCACCAAGUUCCAGCUCUUCCAGAAGCCGGCCAACUUCGAGCAGCGCAUGCUGGACUGCCGGCGGGUGCUGGAGGGGGCCAAGGCCGAGCUCCACGUGCUGGACGUCCGGGAGGUGGAGCCCGAGGAGAUCCAGGCCCGGUUCACCGGCUGCAUGAAACUGUACAAGGUGCUGAGCGAGGUGAAGCUGGAGGUGGAGACGGUGAUCAAGACGGGCCGGCAGAUCGUGCAGAAGCAGCAGACGGAGAACCCCAAGGGCAUGGACGAGCAGCUCACCGCCCUCAAACUGCUCUACAACGACCUGGGAGCGCAGGUAACGGAGGGGAAGCAGGACCUGGAGAAGGCUCUCGCCCUGUCCCUGAAGCUGCAGAAGGAGAGUGGGUUCGUUCGCGAGUGGCUGUCGGCCACCGAGGCCGUCCUGGAGCAGAAGAACUCCGCGGGGAACAUGCCGGCUGACAUCGACGCCGAGAUCGGCUGGGCUAACGGCCUGCUGAAGGAGCUGGAGAAGAGGAAGGCGGACCUGUCUCAGGUGACGGAGAGCAGCGCCGCCCUGCAGGCCCUGGUGGAGGGGAGCGAGGAGCCCCUGGAGGAGCGGCUCUGCGCGCUCAACGCCGGCUGGAACCGCGUUCGGACCGGCACCGAGGACUGGCUCAGCACCGUGCUGAACCACCAGAACGAGGUGGAGAUCUUCGACGAGAACCUGGCGCACAUCAGCACCUGGCUGUACCAGACGGAGAUCCACCUGGACGAGACGGAGAAGCUGCCGGCCAAUGAGAAGGAGGAGGUGGUGCAGGCCCUGCAGGCGGAGCUGCAGAACAUGGGUCUGCGGGUAGACAGCGCGCGCGACCAGGCCGCCAUCCUCAUGACCAGCCGCGGCCCUGCCUGCCGCGAGGUGGUGGAGCCCAAACUGGCCGACCUCGACCGCAACUUCGACAAGGUCUCCCAGCACAUCCGGGCCGCCAAGAUGUCGACCAGCCUGGAGCCCGUUGCCGUGGAGAUGCAGGAGGCGCAGAAGGUGGAGGAGGCGCCGGCCGCGGAGGCGCUGAGCUCCGGCCAGCUCCUGGACUUUGAGGGAGAGUUACUGGCCAGUCUAACUGCUCUGGACAGACAACAGGAUCUGGCGCAGAGGCUGCCCCAGGAUGACGACAAGGCGGAUGAGGAGAAGGCACGGGUGGAGGAGGUGCUGAGGAGGGGCGAGGAGGUGCUCCUGCAGAUCCAGAAUGAGCAGAGGAGAGAGGAGCUGAGCAGGAACCUGCUCAGGCUGCGGAUGCAGUACACCACCAUCCGGGAGUUGUACAUUCUCCGAAGGCAGCAGUCUGCGGAGGUGGUUCAUGACGGGAUUGCAUUCGGCUGGUCAGAGCCAAGGCAGGAGCUGGCCCCGGGGCUGCUGGGAAAUGUAGUGGAGCAGACCUCUCCGGAGGCUCCACCGAGCGCGGGAGAGGAGCAGGAGGCCCAGAAGGAGGAGGUGGUGGUCGAGGAGGAGGUGAAGGCGCCCUCCCUCCUGCCCUCCGACUACCUGCUGGACAUCAACAAGGUGCUGCUGGCCAUGGCCGACAACGAGCUGCUCCUGAACUCCACGGAGCUGAGCCGAGGCCUGUAUGAGGACUUCUCCAGCCAGGAGGACGCCCUGAAGAGCAUCAAGGACAGCCUGGAGAGGCUGGGGGACCAGGUGGCGCUGAUCCACGAGCGGCAGCCCGACGCCAUCCAGGAGGCCUCCCGGGCCGAGGUGGUCCAGAUCGGGGACGCCCUGACCCAGCUGAACGCCGAGUGGGACCGGGUCAACCGCAUGUACAACGACCGCAAAGGGAGCUUCGACAGGGCGGUGGAGGAGUGGCGGGACUUCCACUGCGACCUCAACGAUUUGGGCCAAUGGGUGGGCGAGGCUGAGCGGGCGCUGGCCAAUGGGACGGGUCCCGACGGGGUCAUCGACCUGGAGAAGGCCAAGGAGCACCAGGAGGAGCUGGAGGAGGGCCUGGUCUGCCACCAGCCAAUCGUGUCGAACCUGAACCAGACGGGGGAGCGCAUCAUCGCCCAGCUCUCCGCCCCCGACAGCAGCCUGCUGGAGGAGAAGCUGGAGACGCUCAACCGCCGCUGGAGGAACGUCCAGCGGCAAACCCGCGAGCGGCAACGCAGGUUGGCGGGAGGCGACCCGGCGUUGGCGGAGUUGGCCCGGCGGUCGGACGAGCUGGCGCUGUGGCUGGAGCAGGCCGAAUGCGCCGCCAUCUCCCUGCCCGUCGUCGGCAUGGCAACGGACAAGAACCUCAAAGAGCUGAAGGCCCUGGCGGAGGAGAUGGACUCUCAGAACGAGCGCUUGAUCUGGCUGAAUAAGAACGGGCCGCACAUCCUGGCCAACAAGUCCGUGAGCCUGCAGGAGAGAGACCAGCACAUGACCCGACUCAGGGCCAUCAACAUGAACUGGAGCAACGUGACGCGGGACCUGCUGGAUAAGGUGGGAGAGGUGGAGGUUCAGCUGCAGGGGCAGGGGCAGUUUCAGGACAAGAUGAACCGGCUGGCGGACUGGGUGGUCCUCACACACCAGUCCCUCUGCAUGAGGGGCCCGGGGAGUCUGUCCCCGGCAGAGCACCAGGUGCUGGAGGCGUCUCUGAGGGAACACAAGCGAGACCUGGAGGAGCUGCUCUCGAGGUCCAUCGAGCUGCAGAAACGCCAGCUGCUUCUCCCGCAGGAGAAGAUUAAGGUGGAGCAGCUGGCAGCUGAUUGGAAGGCUCUGGACAUGGCGGUGAAGGAAGUGGCCCAGCCCCCGCUAUCCAGCUGGACCCACCAGGUCGCCCAGCAACACGUCCCAGUUUCGGCAGUGCCCUCGGCGGUCCAGAUGGCCAGCCUGAUGAGCUCGGACCCCCGCCACCCGGCCGCCGGCUCCCCGGACCUGGUGGGCCCCACCGACCUGAACGAGACCGCCACCGAGCUCGGCGAUUGGCUGCUGCUCAUCGACCAGAUGCUCAAGUCCAACAUCGUCACCGUGGGCGACGUGGACGAGAUCCGCACCACCAUCGGCCGCCUGAAGGUGACCAAGAACGACCUGGAGCAGAGGCACACGCAGCUGGAAGCCAUCUUCACGCUGGCCCAGAACAUCAAGAACAAAACGUCCAACCUGGACGUGCGCUCGUCCAUCACCGAGAAACUGGAGAAGGUCCGGUGCCAGUGGGACAGCACCCAGCACGGCGUGGAGGCCCGGCUGCUCCAGCUCGAUCACAUGACCACCCACAGCAACCAAUGGGAGGAGCAGAGGAGGGAGGUGCACGCUCUGAUUGGUCAGAACGAGGCGCGGCUGCACAACCUGCUGACGCUGACCAAGGACCCCCUGACCAAGCAGCUGAGUGACGGCAAGGUGUUCCUCCAGGACCUGGGAUCGGCCCAGGGGAGCGUGGCCUCCUUUAACCAGCUGUCCGGGCAGCUGGUACAGGAGUACGCCUCUGACGACACACGCAGGGUCCAGGAGGUCAUGGACUCACACAGCAAGGCCUGGAGCGCCAUCAACCACAGGGCCGGCGACAGGCAGGCCAAUAUGGACGCCGAGCUGAAGAACCUGCAGGCCUCCCUCAAAGAGCUGGAGGGCUUCCUGAAAUGGCUGCAGGAGGCGGAGACCACCGUCAACGUGCUGGCCGACGCCUCCCAGAGGGAGGAGCUCUCCCAGGACUCCGCCCACGUCAAGGAGCUGAGGGGUCAGCUGGAGGAUAUCCAGGCAGAGAUCGACGCCCACAAUGACAUCUUCAAGAGCGUGGACGGCAACCGGCCCAAGAUGGUCAAGGCGCUGGGCAACUCGGAGGAGGCCGUCUUCCUCCAGCAGAGGCUGGACGACAUGAACCAGCGCUGGACCGAGCUCAAGGCCAAGUCCGCCAACAUCAGGGUGCACUUGGAGGCCAGUGCGGAGAGGUGGAGCAGACUCCUCGCCCUAUUGGAGGAGCUGUGGAGGUGGCUGGGGCUGAAGGAGGAGGAGCUAAACCAACAGAAGCCAAUCGGAGGAGACAUUCCUACCCUGCUGCAACAGCACAACCACUGCACGGCCCUUCAGAGCGAGCUGGAGUCCCGGGAGCCCAUGGUGGUCAGCACCCUGGACCAGGCCUGCAUGUUUCUGGCCGACCAGCCCAUCGAGGGCCCAGAGGAACCGCGGAGGAACCUGCAGGCCAAAACGGCAGAGCUGACUCCGGAGGAGAAGGCCCAGCGCGUGGCCAAGGCCAUCCGGAAGCAGACGGCGGAGGUCCGGGAGCGCUGGGGGCGGCUCAGCGCCCAGGCCGGCGGCUGGCAGAGGCAGGUGGACCGGGCCCUGGAGAAGCUCCAGGACCUGCAGAACGCCAUGGGCCCGCUGGACCAGCGGCUGACCGAGGCCGAGGAGACCAAGGCCGCCUGGCAGCCCGUGGGGGACCUGCUCAUCGACUCCCUGCAGGACCAAAUCGAGAAGACCACGGCCUUUAAGGAGGAGCUGGCCCCCCUGAAGCAGGAGGUGCGGGCGGUGAACGAGCUCUCCGCUCAGCUCCCCCCCCUCGACGUGCAGCUCUCCUCCGGCGUGUCCCAGCAGCUGGACGACCUCAACAUGCGCUGGAAGCUUCUACAGGUGGCCAUCGACGAGCGGCUCAAACAGCUGCAGGAGGCACAUCGGGAUUUCGGGCCCUCGUCACAGCACUUCCUGUCCACCUCUGUGCAGUUGCCGUGGCAGAGAGCGGUGUCCCAGAAUAAGGUUCCCUACUACAUCAACCACCAGACCCAGACCACCUGCUGGGACCACCCCAAGAUGACGGAGCUGUUCCAGAGCAUGGGCGAUUUGAACAACGUGCGAUUCUCUGCCUACCGGACUGCCAUGAAGAUCCGCCGGCUGCAGAAAGCGUUGUGCUUGGACCUGCUGGACCUCAACGUGGCCCAGAACACCUUCGAGCAGCACAAGCUCACGCAGAACACCCAGCUCCUCAACGUCCCCGACGUCAUCAACUGCCUGACCACCAUCUACGACGGUCUGGAGCAGAACCACAAGGACCUGGUCAACGUGCCCCUCUGCGUCGACAUGUGUCUCAACUGGCUCCUCAACGUCUACGACACCGGUCGGAGUGGAAAGAUCCGGGCCCUGUCCAUGAAGAUCGGCCUCCUCUCCCUCUCCAAGGGCCAUCUGGAGGAGAAGUACAAAUAUCUGUUCCGGCAGGUAUCGGGCCCCGGGGACACCUGUGACCAGCGGCAGCUGGGCCUCCUGCUGCACGACGCCAUCCAGGUCCCCCGGCAGCUGGGCGAGGUGGCCGCCUUCGGGGGGAGCAACAUCGAGCCCAGUGUCCGCAGCUGCUUCCAGCACGUCUCCAGUAAGGUGGAGCUGCUCCCGCGGCAGUUCGUGGACUGGAUGAGGCUGGAGCCGCAGUCCAUGGUCUGGCUGCCCGUCCUGCACCGCGUGGCCGCGGCCGAGACCGCCAAGCACCAGGCCAAGUGCACCAUCUGCAAGGAGUGUCCUAUAGUGGGCUUCAGGUACCGCAGUCUGAAGCACUUCAACUACGACGUCUGCCAGAGCUGCUUCUUCUCUGGCCGCACAGCCAAGGGCCACAAGCUCAACUACCCCAUGGUGGAGUACUGCACCCCGACGACCUCCGGGGAGGACAUGCGCGACUUCACCAAGGUGCUGAAGAACAAGUUUCGAUCCAAGAAGUACUUCGCCAAGCACCCGCGGCUGGGCUACCUCCCGGUGCAGACGGUCCUGGAGGGGGACAACAUGGAGACCCCGGUAACGCUCAUCAGCAUGUGUCCUGAGCAGUAUGAGAUGUCCCAGUCUCCCCAGCUCUCCCACGACGACACUCAUUCCAGGAUAGAGCAGUACGCCAGCAGGUUGGCGCAGAUGGAGAGGUCGAAUGGCUCUUUGCCGACGGACAGCAGUUCUGCUACUGGAAGCGUCGAUGACGAGCACACCCUGAUCCUGCAGUACUGUCAGACGCUGGGGGGGGAGUCGCCCCUCAGCCAGCCGCAGAGCCCCGCCCAGAUCCUGCAGGCGGUGGAGAAGGAGGAGCGAGGGGAGCUGGAGCGAAUCAUCGCCCGCCUGGAGGAGGAGCAAAGGACCCUACAGCUGGAGUAUGAGCAGCUGAAGGCCCAGCACAGUCAGAGGGGCGUGUCGGAGCUGGUGGGGCCGCGGGGCGGGGCGGAGGAGGCCGACCUCCUGGCCGAGGCCAAGCUCCUGAGGCAGCACAAGGGCCGGCUGGAGGCGCGCAUGCAGAUCCUGGAGGACCACAACAAGCAGCUGGAGUCCCAGCUGCACCGGCUGCGCCAGCUGCUGCACCAGCCCGAGGCUGAUGCCAGGAUCAACGGCGUCUCCUCCAGCCCUCUCCAGCAGUCUCUGAACGAGGACGUGGAGCCCCACCCCGAACUCGCAGCACCAAGCCUGGCCCCCAGACAACAGGUGAUGUAAAGGCGGAGCAGGACGGGGGAAGUCCGAAGGAAAAGCUCCCCCCUGAUUGGACGACGGACUUCACAGACAUUGGCUCAGUGGCCCCGCCCCCCUCAGCAAGAGUGACAGGAGAGAGAGAGAGAGAGAGAAAGAGGCCUCCCAUGGAUUCUCGCCCAGACCCAAAGACAUGGACCCGGACCACAGAACUCUCACCGCGUUGUCACCGUGUACUAUGCAAUUGUAAAUUUUAGGAGCUGUAGAUUGUAUUCAGACUUUGGUUUAAGCGUUCGUCAGCGAUUUGAAGAUGAAGGGGGUGGGACAGGGAGGCUUUAUAACACAUACAGACACAUAUAAUAUUUCCUUUUGUCUUUUUUUUUUUGUCUGUUAUUAUUGUUUGUUUGGUUUGCUGAUGCUGGGAAUUUAAAAAUCAUUACCGUACAUUUUGACAUUCCACAGGUUUUUUGGUUUUUUUUUGCAUUAACACUGUUUUAAAAAGAAAAAAGAAGAAAUUUGCUUUCUUUCACUGCACAUAUAUGACCACCCGUUUUUUUUUUAAAGAUGUGUUCUGGGUUUUUAAAGAAGAUUAAGAAAGGAAAAAACAACGCAACGACUCACUUUCACGCACCCUUGUGAACGCGUCAUGUCCGCUCUGCAACUUCAAUCGUCACUGUUUCUAGGUCUAUUUUUAUUUUUAUUUUUUUUUAGUGUGUGCUGUGAACAAUUGCCCCUUUAAAUCAGCGGUGCGUUGGACAGGCCGUCACACACGGAACAUGCACUGUGUGUAGCGCUUAGAGACCCCCAUUGUGCCUAUACGGAAGCCAUUCCAGUCGACUACAGAACACUGAAAAUCAUGUCUCGACAUCGAAAAGAAAUAGUACAUACAAAACUCCUACUGAAGCUGAACUAGAAGCAGGAUUGGAGCCCUAAGAUUUGUUUGGCGUAGUUUUAUAAAUGUUUUCAAUCAGAUUAAAGCCAUGACUGCCUACCUCAGACACAAACACCUUUGUUAGCGCUUCGUCUGUGCGUUUUUUUUUCUUUUGUUUGUUUUUUUUGUUUAGCUUUUUUUAAUUUAUUUUUAUUUUCUUGGACACUUCUCACACAAAAAAAACCAACACAAAGCUUUCACUGGCUUACGUAUUUCAGCGGCGAAAGAGAAAGUUGGCAGUCAAGAAUAAAGAAAACAAAAAAGAAACUUAUUCAACCAACUGGCGCAGUGGCCUUCGAUUGUGGUUUGGAUUUCCGUGUACAUCUUUCUUUGACCUUCUCCUGGCAGUUUCCCGCGAACAGUGUGCGCAAUGUGUUCUGUAAUACGCUAUCCUGUAAUUGUUAGUUUUAACGCUACUAUAAAUCUCUCAAGCUAUCUCCUUGGAUGAUGAAAUAGUGAACUUUGCUAUGAAAGAACUCUGUUGUCAUUUUCAGGUAUGUAGUUUUAGACUGAUCACACUACAUCUAAUAUGGCUAAAUAUGUUUUAUUCUAAAUAAAUGUUUUAUAACGAGUA